UCCUACAAUAUAAAUCUAUCAACAUUAUAAAUUAAGGAUACAUAACACAAUAUUUAUAAAUAAUAGCAAAAAGGUAAAACAGGACAAGCAGCAACAUGUACGGAGUUUUGAAACAAAAUAUGACAUGCAAAGGAAACCUGCACGAACCUACGGGGCCGGAUAAGUUAAAAUGUUUCAUUAUUGUGGUCGUCAUGACGCUCAUUAUUGUUGGCAACGUCUGCUGCAUCGUCGUGUUCAACCAUCCUCGGUCAAAGCGAUUCUUUAUGAAGCGUGUGAGGUACAUGAUGACGUCACUAAGUUGCUCGGACCUCGGGUUCGGGUUGCUCGUCUGCCCAUCAACUAUCUACUCUUCGCUAUACCACUGCUGGCCGUUCGGAGAUGUCUUUUGCCGCAUUGAAGCUCUCUUAAUCUCUGCGCUUUUCCACCAGUCAACUCUCAACAUGGUGCUGAUUGCGGUGGACCGGUAUUGCAUCGUCCAUUUGCGACGGUACAAUACCUACAUGAGCUCCACACGCUUCCUGAAGCUUAUCAUUUCAACGUGGAUAGUGGUUUUUACCUGUUAUUCAAUCGUCAUUUUUGCCGGAGGACAAUAUUACUUCGAUGAGUUUGGAAUAAACUGUGAACCAUUUUAUAAAAACGAAAAGGUUACAUUGUCUGUAAUCAGCAUUUUCUAUUUCUUGCCUUCUCUUAUAUUCGUUUUCUGCUACAUGUCAAUCUACCGAACGGCUUGCAAAAGAAAGGUGCUGACAAUCUCUGGGGAUGACAAGCAUGGAAGAAUGGUGUCUGCAAAUAUAAGGACAUCAAAGUAUCUAGCGGCGAUAACGGUGGGCUACUUUGUGGCGGUUUCACCUUGGAAUAUGACCACUUUUAUCAUUAGUGCCGCGAAGAUAAGUGUCAACGUUCACGUAGACUUCACCAUGACGUGGCUGUCACUUAGCAACAGUUUCUGGAACUGUCUUAUUUACGGCGCCAUGAACCGGAAGUUCCGACGCGCGGCUAAGCAGCUUGCGUGUGGGUUUUUAGUUAAAUCACAAACGGAAUCUACCGAUAAGUCAACGGAAGAUUUUAGCGCCGUUGGGGAUUCGACGUAUUCGCGGUACAAGCAGCGUUCUAUCCAGAAGGUUAGAAAUAGAUACAUGGAAACGUCAGUUUCUGAUACAUCACCACAAACAGUUAGACAUGUGAAGGAAACUGUUAUCAUGUGAAAGGACAAUAUUAUCAGUGUAGUAUUUAUUAGUUUCCUCACAACAAACAAUAAGGGCAUGAUGUAUUCAGUAGUUUUAUUUAUAAAUAAAAUAAUGUCUGCUCAUUUAUCUCGAAGAUAUGUAUUACAUGUACUUUGCUUUCGUUUAUUGGUGAGUUCUUUUUCAAAAACUGAGUGCAUAUGCAUUAUAAUAUUAUCAAUAAAACGAAACUGCAUACUUUAUAUAAAGGAAAUCAACAUUUGUUUUUCAUUUAAAGUGACACUCUUAUUCAAAAUCAAUACAUUCAAUCAAUCAUUAGCAUGUGUAACAAACAUAGAUUUUGACUGAAAAACCUUAAACUACAUACGAAAUAAUGCAUUUAUGGAAAAUAUUUAUAACUGAUUACAAGAUUGUAACCGUGUAUUUAAUAGCUGAAAGCGCAUAAAUAUAAAAUGAUGAGCGAAUGCUUAAAGAUUUACAGUGGUCUACCAUAGUCGCAUAAGGAAGAAAUAUUGUGUUUUAUGCUCAUUUCCUUCAAAUUAACUCGAUAUCCUUCAUAAUAACCAUUGUUUUUGACAUUUAUUCAUUCUUUUUGUAAUAUAAAUCAAUAAUAUUCAUUGUGGUAAAUCUUAAUUGGGAGUAAGAGUGCGUCUUUAAAGAUUUGAGGGUUGAUCACAAUCAUAUCCGUCUUAUUUAAUUGUUUUGAUCAGUGAGUCCUUUGAAGUGACUUAGUUAGCAGUCCGUGUAUUUGCCUCGUAUUUCCUAACAUAUGUGCAUGCACUAGUUGAAACAGUGUUUAAAAAGC